AUGUCGGAGGAGCAGCAAGCCGUGUACAGCGCCCAUGGCCGCCUGCAGAUGCUGGCAAGAUACCCCGGCGAUCCCAUCAACGCAUUCGAGAUGCUCGACCUGGACCCCCAUGCGGCGCCGUUUAGCCCGCCCGCGAACUCACACUGGGAGGGGGGCGAAUGGUACCAGGCGGUCCACGACAAGAUCAGGCAGCGCCACAUGGAGAUGCUUGAGCGCGCCAGGGCCGUGGAGAAGCGCGCCAACGGCGGGGAGGAGAGGCACGUCAGCGCCCGUGGGCUGCAAUAUCAAAAGGCCAUCACCAUGUCCGCCAGCGUCUUGAUGAGAGACGGGCCGCGCCGGUAUUACCUCGAGACGUUCCUGCCCAUGCUGGAAAAGGCGAUCCAGGGCAAGCGGCGUGAAUGCGUCUGGCCCCUAGUCCAGAACUUCCAUCGCAAAGAGUGUGGCGAUACCGGGGCAAUUAUCGGCAUGACGGAGCUGCGGAAACCCAGGAACAUUUGUGAUCAGGGGAGAGGCACUGAACGCGAGUCGGAUAGGAUAGGCGGUAACGAAUACAUCGAUUUCAUUGCCGCGGUAUUGACGGGUAUCGAGAACCCGGUGCGCUCUCUCGCCGAGACACGACGGAGGUCGACGUUUAGGGUAUAA